AUGGCAGCAAAGGGCAACAACCAGAUAAACGAGGGUCUAAGCGCCGCAGUAUCUCCUUGCGCUGCGGGGGGCCUUAUCGGGCACAAGAGCUCCAGAUACAUCAUACAAUGGGGCCGUGGGGAGAGGGGAACCGGGUGCGGAGGCCGACAGGGUGGACCCUGGAUCCUUGCCAUGUGGAACGCCAUGAACUGGGAACUGGGAGCUGCGAGACGAGGGGACAGUGGCGUUUGCGGUCCCCUCCUCCUGGAAGAUGCAAUGGCAAGUGUUGCCCUCUCCAGGACAAGCGUGAGGACAGGUUUUUCGCGGGCUAAGGAACCACAAGGAUUUACAGCUCCUGGGCUUGACGCCUUGGGAUCCCAAACUACAAGACGAGGCUGUAGCACGAACUCAAGCUCCAGGCACACGGUACGGAGCACGGUGAACUCCGUUGAGCUCGGUUCCUGCUGCGGGUGCAAGAUGGAUUUCAACGUUCAAGGAUCGAUCGCGGUCCUGACCAGCCACGGUUAGAGAGUUGAACAUGAGCUGCUAAUGCCAGCAUCACUCGGCCGAAGCUUUGCGCUCCUCUGGGUCGUCGGCAAGAAAGCUUAGCGGUUGGGACGGUUUGGACCUGGAGUGGAGGAUGAGGCAAC